GCGUUUCUUCCUGAAGCUGUGAAGCGGUAGCGAUGGCGGUGGCUCAGGCCCACACUGUUUGUAAUCUCUCUGUGUCCGUUAAGCAAAAUUCGUACCUAUUGCCCUGGGUUCAGCAUGUGCGCAUCGCGGUUCCUGUCUCAUCGUGCUCUGCGUUUCCUGGUGCUCAUAGCGAGCUUCAGCUGAUUAAGGAGUCUAGAAAUUUUCGUUUGGGCGCUAGAAAUGCAUGCAACCUGUCAGCAUCCUGCUCCCACCUUCAACAACAGCAACAGAGAAGGAGUCGAGGUGAGGCUAUGGUUGCGCGAGCAAGUGAGGUAGCAGUGGAGACUGGUACUUUAUCGCUUGGUCUGGAUGUCAAAGAAACUGGAUUAGACCACUCCAGGGUUCAGUUGAAAGUACAGGUUCCAUCAAGCGUUUGCAAAGACUGCUAUGAGCAAGUUUUGAGGGAAUUCAGUAAGCAAGCUAAAGUGAGUCUUCUUCCUAUUCCAGGCUUUCGAUCUGGAAAGGAUGUCCCAGAAUCUGUACUGAUCGACCAUGUCGGCGCAGACCAAAUCCGCUCGUCUGCGGUUGAAGCUGUACUCAAGCGGACGCUUCCAGAAGCAAUGUCCUCUGUAGCUGGAAGGUCACUGAAGGAUUCUGAGCAUAUUCUAACUAAAUUUUCCGACUUGGUAGACGAUUUUGUCCCUGAGAAAUCCUUAAGUUACGAAUUGGCAGUAGAUGUGGCACCGGAAGUGAGAUGGAACCCAGAAAAUGGAUACAAGAAUCUCAAAGUAAAGGUAGAGUGUGAAGCAAACGAAGCAGAAGCUGCCCGUAAAGCAGCUGAUGCUGAGCUCCAAUCGAGGCUAAAAGACCUGGGCUCUCUCCAAGCUAUUUCAGGGAGGGGUAUGGAGAUGGGUGAUGUUGCCAUAAUUGAUGUUUCAGCAACGCGACUGAAUGAAGAUGGGACUGCUGGUGACGAAAUUUUCUCAUGCAAACAGAAGGGUUUCCAGCUUGAUACAGAUGGAGGAGGUAGCUUUUUACCAGGCUUUGUAGAAGCCUUGGUUGGCAUCCAGAUUGGCGAGACUAGGACUUUUGACCUCACGUUCCCUGAAACGUGGGAACAGGAAUCUCUUCGCGGAUUGCAGGCUCGCUUUACAGUUGAAGGCAAGGAACUUUUUACUCGACAAAUCCCAGAGCUUAGUGACGAACUGGCCCCCCAGCUUGUGGCGAACUGCACAAAUAUUCCUGAGGUUAAGGAAGUACUAUUGAAAAAGCAUGCGGAGCAAGUUGAGAGGGUUAAGAAGCAAGCAACACGAUUUGCUGUAGCCAAUGCGCUUACUAGGGUUGUGGACGUAGAAAUCCCGAAUUCAUUGCUGGAGGAACAAGGUCGUCAAAUGUAUGCUGCCAAGUUGAUUGAACUGCAGGCGAGUAUGAAGCUACCAAGAGAUCAGUUAGUGGCAUUAUCAAGCGCUGAGAUGGUUCAAAACUACUUAGACGCACAGAGAUCAAGGAUUUCAGACUCUGUGAAGCAGAGUCUUGCUGUGGCAGAAAUUUAUAAGCAAGAGAAUUUAAAGAUUUCAGAUGAGGAACUUGACAUGGAGGUUAACAGUGCCAUAGAAGAAUUCAAGCGGUAUGACCAGGAAUAUGAUGACGCUCGUGUACGAGAGCAGGCACGGGAGCUUUUAGAAGGCUCAAAAGUUCUGGAUUGGCUGACCGAGCAUGCUGACAUUACAUUUGUGCCCAAGCAGUUAUCGUAGAAUGUUGUACAUUCGCCACCUUCUAACAGCUACAAACUUCAAAACGGAGGACUAACCUGAGUAGUACGUUUGAGCGGACUAUGUGAGGAACCGAGAAUCUCAGGCUCUUGAAGGACAGGGAAGUUUUCGAGAAGGUAUUAUAAUUGGAUAUUAGUUGCUAGAGUAGCGUGUUGAUUGUCGAGCUUCAUGUACUAUUGUGUAAAGGUCAUACUGGCUCAAAACGUUGAGUGUAGAACAGUAGCUAAAGACGGCAGAGCACAAAACGUGAGAAGGCUUCUCGGUAAGCCCAAGGGGUGCAGUACAGGGAUUAGUUGUAAUCAUAAGCUUAGAAUAGCGUGGACAUGCCGUUUCAGUUUGUACCCAAAUACGAUCCUGAGAUGGUUUGUUUAAUAACAAUUUCUUCAUUUACUUCGUAUGUUCCCAA